AUGUCUACUGAAGAAACUAAGCAACCUAUUGAAGAAAGAAUUUACAUUGGAAAUGUCGAUUACAAGGCGGACGAAGAAGAAUUGAAACAAUUCUUCGAUGGAUUAAAAGUGUACGUAUAAAAGAUCAUGGGGAAGAUCCAAUGUAAUUGGGCAGAUAACCAGCAACUGCAGAGCAUGUGGACUUUCGUAUAGAAGCUGUAUUGCGAGAUAAUUGCAGAAUACUAACAAUUGUAGCACCGAAGUUGAUAUUCCAAGCAAAACAUUUACCCGUGGGAAGAAAACCAUUGAUAAGCAUCUCGGAUUUGCAUUUGUUCAAUUUGAGGACAAGGCAGAUGCUGAUAAGGCGAUUGAGGAUUUUAAUGGAAAGGAAUUCAAGGGGAGAAACAUCUAUGUGAAGAAGGCGGUUCCACCACCAACAGAAGAGGAAAAGCAACAGAAAAUAGAGGCAUUUAGGGCCAAGAAGGCGGAACAGAAAGCCAAAAGGGCUGAAGAGAAGGCCGAGAAGGCAGAAAAGACAGACAAGGAAGAUCAAACCACGAAGUCUGACGAUGCCCUGACGAAAGAAGCAAAUGGCGAGGCAAAGCCUAAGAAGACCAAGAAGAAGGCUGCUAAAAAGGCUGUCACCGCUGACGGCACUACCCCAGACGCAGCAACUUCGAGUGAAGACCCAAAGGAUAAAAUCCCUGACGGUAAGGCAUCCGCCGACACCAUCUUCAUCACCAAUUUGGAUUACAAGGUUGACGUCAAGACAUUAAACAAUCUUUUCAAGGAAUUGAAACCAAAGUGGAUCCAUGUUCCUACCAGAAGAGUACCAUAUCACAUUCUUAAGAGACAAAAGAGUAAGGGUAGAACUGUCUUUAAUAAGGGUAUUGCAUUUGUCAAGUUUUCGAGCGAAGACUUGCAAAAGCAAGCGAUUGCAGACUUCAAUGGUAAGGAAUUAAACGGUAGAGAAAUCAUUGUGGACAUUGCCAUAGAUGCCAGAAUUCCAAAGUCUGAUGCAGAAGAACAAAACUCGCAAGAAGAAGUCUCUCAAGAUGAAAAGCAAUAA